UUGCCGCUAGUGUGCGAAUUUCGCAUUCGGCUUGAUUCCAGUAAUUGUUGCGAAUUCGUAUAAACUUGAUAGUCGGGGCUUGGAAUACUCGAAGAUGGCGAUAUUUACAUUGCUGAGGGAAAAGGUGUUCAGUGUGCCGAAGAAGAAUAAUAAGAAUAAGGAUAAGGAAACUGUAUCAGAAAAUGCUCGUCUUGAUGUAAAUUCACCAGGCUGCGAUGACGAGUUUGACUUUUGGGACCAAACGGGGUUCAUGUUGAGAAGUGAUGUCGAUGACCCUCUCAAUCAUGGAAGGUGGGGCGCCCAGGAGUGGUGCAAACCAAGUUGCAUCCCCAUCACGUUCAUCCUGGUGCUGAUAGUGCUGGUGGUCCUGCUGCCGCUGCUCGAUCACGCCCCCGACAAGCAGAACCUCAACGGCACGGGAUUCGACAAUGGGAGCGGAAUGGCCUGCAUGAGCGACUGCAGCCUCUCAUUGGUCGAGUCCAUACCCUUACGGCUGACCUAUCCCAAUGGAUCCGUAAUCCACAGGAGUACCUACACCACGUGGCUGGACUUGAUCGCCGCCGCCCGGAAUACCGUGGAGAUCGCCUCGCUCUAUUGGACGAUGAACCGCGAGGACGUCUACCCGGACGACAGCGCUCUGGAAGGCGAGGAGGUAUUCCAAGCCCUCGUGGACGCCGGUAGGGAUAGGGGCAUAACGUUGAAGAUCGCCCAGAACGCGCCCAGUCACAUAAGUCCCAAUGUCGACACGGAGUUCUUGGCGAAGAAGGCCAACGCCCAAGUGCGCAGCCUAAACUUCGCGGCACUCCUCGGCGGUGGCGUUCUCCACACGAAGCUCUGGCUGAUCGACCGUACGCAUGUCUACGUGGGCUCGGCGAACAUGGACUGGCGGUCCUUGACCCAAGUCAAGGAGCUCGGCCUCGUCGCCUUUAAUUGCUCCUGCAUGGCCAGCGAUCUCGCCAAGAUUUUUGACGUCUAUUGGACGAUAGGCGAGGACAACAAAAUACCGCCGUCUUGGCCCAAUUCUCUCGCGACUAAAAUCAAUCUCAACAGUCCCAUGGCCUUUACUUUGGAUGGGAACAAGUACAAAAGCUUCUUUGGCAGUUCACCACCGUUGUUUUCACCGGAAGGUCGAACGAGCGACAUCGACGGCUUAAUACACUGCAUAGAAAAAGCCGAAAAGUUCAUUUAUAUCUCCGUAAUGGAUUACUUUCCCCUCACGAUUUACUCUCCGAAAAUCAAGUACUGGCCAAUUAUCGAUAAUGCGCUAAAAAGUGCAGCAUUGGAGCGGAAGGUCAACGUUAAACUUCUUAUAUCAAAGUGGAAACACUCCAGAAAAUCCGAAGAUUAUUUUUUAAAGUCUUUGGAGGAUUUAACUAAUAGUUACAGUAAAGUGAAAAUUGAAGUGAGAAGAUUUGUAGUGCCUAGUAAUGCUGAAUUGGAUAAAAUUCCUUUUGGACGGGUUAACCAUAAUAAGUAUAUGGUGACGGAUGUCGCAGCUUAUAUUGGGACGAGUAAUUGGUCGGGUGACUAUUUCAUUAAUACGGCUGGAAUCGGUCUCGUCUUCGAGGACGCAGACCGCAAGAACGUGAACAGCCUACGCCAACAGCUCGAGGCGGUUUUCGAGCGCGACUGGUCCUCCCCCUACGCCCACCCCCUUAAUGGAUCAUGCUAUAACCUGAGAAUGGCCAAGGGACUGUCUGGGCGGCCGCAGCUUGUGCCUCCCCUCUACACACACCAAGUCGCCGUCACAGCCGUCUAAACCCCGUCGCGAACGGUUCACCUCCGGGUGAAGGUCGGGAUCCUACUGUUUUAAUCAAGUAUAUUCGAUGAACAGCGUAUUUGCCGACGACUUAAGCGGGUGUCUUCGUUGCACCCAGAUAUCGUAGCUUACCGAGGAUGUUAGCACUUUUGCUCACAUGCCCUCGU